CUACUCCAUUUUACCCUGCAAACGCCGGCCUCAGGACAAAGACGAUUCGUUUUCAUCUUCUUGGAAAAAUCAGGGUCUCCAGCUAUUAAAAAUUCCAGAAAAUCGAAAACUUGGACCUCAGGACCCCCACCUCGAUGGCUGCAUUCUUCUGUAGCAGAAAUACUUCUAAAAGGUAAAACUGGAAGGGUGUUAUGGAUAAUGCUGAACAAAGCCCUCGGCCCCCCAUCAAAGGGUAUUUUUGACACAGCAAGUUUAUUAGGUAUACCUAGCCCUCUUACUCUGUGUAAAGCAAAUGCUUUGCCAAAUAUAAUUGGUGUUUCUUCUGAAAAGAUACCUAAAUUGAAAUCCUCAGAGAAAAAGAGUAAUCAUGCAAAACACAGUGAAAAAACAAAAUCUGCCUCAAACAAUCUCUCCACCUCAGUAUCAUCAGGAGUUUCAAUCAUCUCAGGGAAUGUGAAAACUACAUCAAAAAAAUCCUCUGAAGGACUUGGUGAGCAAAUAGUGCAAUUACUUGCUGCGCCAGAGAAGAGUGCUAAACGUAAAAGUAAACCUAAAAGCUCAAAAAAUGAGGCGGCAAGAAAUGGGAAGAAAAGUGCGAAAGAAAAGAAAACAAGAAAGCCUAAAGAAAAGAAACUGAAGAAAUCUAGUUCAGAAAGUGAGGGUCACUUGGAAUCCGGUAGCAGCAGCACUGGUGCUGAUACUUCCAAUGCUGUCAGCUCUAGUUCCAGUGGCUCUAGUGAUGAAGAAGAACGGGAAAAACAACAGAAAAAACUGGCCAAGUUGAAGAAACAGCAACAAGAACUCAGGCGGCAAGUCCAAGAACUCAAACAAGCUUCUCAUGAUAGUGUACAUCCUAAACCUGAAAUGCAUGUGAAAAAGGUUUCUUCCAACCCUAAAAUUCCAUUGGGUCCUUCGGGACCUAUAAAUCACACAGUGAAGCCAGUUCCUAGUCCAGCCCAUUCUUUGCUGCCCACUCCUUCCAAAGCCAUUUCGCCAGAAACGGUUAAGAUCUGUGAUCCUGUCCUCGAUGAGGAACAAAACUCUGCCUUUCCUUUAGACCUGUGUAUGAAAAAGCAGGAGCCAACUUUUGAAGUGACAACCUCUGUUCUCAGUUCUUAUAUUCCCAGUGUCACAACAGCAGUUGCUAAGAAGAAGCCAUACCAAAAUGUUGUCAGAAAUGCAGGCACGAGCAACAAUAAAGCUGCUGUGCCGAGGAAAAGGGGACGCAAGCCAAAGCCGAAUCAGAUGCUCACAAAUGUCAGUGUUCCUGAACCUGAAAAGGUGCGCCAGAGACAAAGACACUCUAUUAAGGAUAUUACCAGCAUGUUUAUGUCGCCAAAGAUGGAUUUGCUACCAAGUCAAGUGUCCAGUCCAUCUCUACUUAAAACAAAUAACUCUAAUACUUGUCCAAAAGUUCACGCACCUAAUACCCUUACUAAUUCCAAUGACAUAUUACCUCAUCCAAGGAAAAAUUUCACUUUGGACAGUUUGUUAAGUGAAACUAAUGGUAAUCUUGAUAUUUACCACCACUAUCCAGACAUGGAAAAAGCAAUGUAUCCUGGUUCUCUUUAUGGGGCCAAAAAUCAGAAGCCCAAGGAAAGAGUCAAAAGUAAUAGCAAUAGCAUUAGUCGUACCAAAAAAUAUGAAGAGAAGAUCAAAGAGUCUGAAUCACCAUCUCAGUUUGAAACAUCAUCGCCAUCAGAUUCAGAUCCAGAUGAUGAUAAUUCUGACAGUGAUGAUUCGGAUCAAUCCCAUUCAGAGGCUCUUGCUGAUGGUGGCCUUUCCUAUGGUAGUCAUAAACGUAAAAGAUCUUAUAAUGAAGAUGGAGAAGAUUACCGAAAUAAGAAAAAGAGAAUUGUACCAGACGAAAGAGAAAUCCAAAUACCUCUAGAACAUGGCUGGCGUCGAGAAACAAGAGUACGAUGUUUUAGUAGGUCUGGAGUACGAGGAGAAGUUACUUACUAUGCACCAUGUGGGAAAAAAUUACGAAGUUAUCCUGAAGUUGAAAGGUAUUUGAUUAAAAAUGGCAUAACUGAUAUAUCAAGAGAUAAUUUUACAUUUAGCACCAAGGUGAAUAUUGGUGAAUUUUUAGAAAGUACUUCCUCUGGUUCCGGACAGGACUAUGUUUUAUUGAAUGAACAAGAAGUGAUUGCCAGAAUUGAAGAAGCCAAAGUUCGUAAAGGUCGUUUAGGUGUUCAGAACCGCAAAAGUUCCGGUGGACGAUCAGCUGAGGAAGAAGAACAACAGCGUCAGUGGGAACAGAAACAAAUUCAACACCACAUUGAACAACAAGCUGAAGAAAGUAGAAAGCAAAAAGAGCAGCAGCGUAUGAUUAAACAACAGGAGAAAUUUGAAAGAAUGGAGCAAAUGAGGAUAGAAAGAGAAAUUCGGGCUCAGCAAUUGCUUGAAGAGCAAGAAAUGAAACGCCAGCAGGCUGUUUUCCUGAGAGAACAGGAACGUGAGAGACGCAGACAGCAUAUGAUUCUAGUCAGAGCUUUAGAAAAUAGAAAGAAGCAGGAGGAAAGGGAGAGAAAACGGGAAGAAAUUUUAUUUGAGAAGAGGAUAAACAGAGAGAAAAAAAUGGAGCAAAGACGCAUUGAACUGGAUUACUUACGAGAGUUAAAGAAACCUGUUGAUGAUAUGAUGCUGAAGGAUCUAAUGCCUUUGCCUAACUUGAAUAGAAUACCAGGUGUUAAACUUUGUGGAAAAGCAUUUGCAGAUAUUCUUAUGGUUUUUGAAUUCCUGCACAAUUUUGGCGAAACUUUAGGUUUUGAUAUGGAAAGUUUACCAACUCUUAACACCAUGCAAUGUGCAUUACUGAACUUAGAUGAAAAAUGUGAAGAAGAAAUGAUGUCUGUGGUACAUCACCUUCUAGUCUGUGCAAUUGAUGAUCCUGGUGUACCUCACAAUUCAGAGUCAGCAACAGUUCUCGGUCAAAAUUUAAAAGAUGCUGAUAUCACAAACAAUAAUGUAUCAGAAGUACUCAGACUUUAUUUCAUAGCUCAAGAUAAGAGAAGUCCAAUGUUGGAGUGGUUACAAAUUAAACCAUUUCUUUCGUUAAAUCCAAGUCAGAAAGCUGAAAUAAUUGCAUACCUUUGUGAUGAAUUGCUUACUAGCCGCUUAUUGACAAGACAAAUUGAUAGCAAUAUUGAAAAUGUUAAUGUACUGCGAAAGGACAAAUGGCUUGUUGAAGGUGAUUUAAGGAGGUACCGCUCAAUCCAGCAACGCCGAGCUCUCAAAGCUAGGCUGAGUGCUAUGGAAGAAAAUCGUGACAAUCCCAACUGUGCCAAUAUGUUAUCUGCUGAUUUGCCUGAUUUUAGCCUUGCUACACAGAAAGACAAUCCCACUGCCAAUGAUGAUCCUGAUAUGAAGGAUAUUUCCAAAUGUGAUAAAGAGAAAUUAGAUGACAUUGAGAGUGAGCUUGCAAAUGAAAGUGGCAAUGAGAGUGAUGACACACAAGCUCCUGGUCAAAUUUCAGAAGGAGAGGAUGAGGAUUUACACUUAUCUAAUGAUGAAAUAAAUAAAAAGAUUGAAAAACUAUCUAAGCAACUUACUCAGUGCUCAAACAAGUUAACAAAAGCAUUUUAUACUAUCCGUGGUGCUACUUUUGGUAUGGACAGAUAUCACAGGCGAUAUUGGGUUCUACCAAAAUCUGGAGGUGUUUUUGUUGAAUCUAUGGAAUCUUCUUUGAAAGCAGAAGAACGAGAACGGGUUUUGAGUUCUUCACAAGCAGCAAAAGUUAAAAUUGAGAGCGGUUUAGAAACUUUGAGUUUUGAAGGAAACAAGGAAUGUGAAAUGAAGGAUGUUUCACCAUCUCCGGAAAAAUCAGAUCAGGAAAGUAAAGUUCCUGUGAUUGAUGGCAAAGGAAGUGAGAAACCAGAUUUGCAAGUAGAGAAACUGCCAACACCGAUACCUAUCAAAGAAGAAUGUGAAAAUAUUGAAAAAACUACUGAAAGUGCUUCCAUGAAAAGUGACCAAGUUGUUAAAUGUGAGGAAGACCCUAAAUCUGAUAUCAAAAAGGAGGUAAAUCAGGCCGAUCUUGCAAAUUCAGAGCAAGUAACGAGCAAUACAAAAUUGUCUGUCUCUGAAGAGGAAGAACCUGUUGUACAACAAAAUAAAGUUUGUGAUACUGAUAAAGAAAAAGGAUCAAAAACAGUUGUAGAAGAAAAUGAAACUCAAAAGUCGGAUAAAAGUGUAGUAAACAAUCCUGAAACUAAUCUUGAAGAUAAAUCAUCAAUGCCAGCUAUCAAGCAUAAUGAAUUAAAAUUAAAUCCUUUAGAAAUGUGCAAUACUGACAAUAAAAGUCUUCCAGAUUUUCAGUUUAGCCAGAAAAAGAAAAUUUGGACCGUUGAUAAGGGAGAUUACAACAAUACUCCAAUGCCACCUAUUAAAAAGGAAAAUGAUACAAAAAUUAAAAAAGAGCGUAGCAAAGAAAGUGAUAAAAAAUAUGAUCGCAGUGAUAUUAAGGAAGACAAAAAGUCAAAUGUAAAUAUUUUUAUGCCUAAUUUCAAUGAAAAUAUAAAUUUAGAUUUGGGUGCGUCAAAACUUCAUGGCGGUUCAGACCGAUCUCAUGCACCCAAUCCGUCCAUGCCUCCCGAUCAGAACUGGCUUUUACAUUCUCCGUUAUUUGCCUCCAUCCUUGCAGGAAAUAUGCUCUUCAAUGGCCCCUUGGUACCACAACGAGAGAUGAAUGGCACCUAUUUCAAUUUGCCAAAAAAUGACUCGAACAACCCAUUCGGACCCUUUCUUGGACUUCAGCAAGGUAUGUUAUCUGAGCAGAUCUUCAAAUCUCUUGGUGAAAAACCUAACAGUCAGAAACCAUGGUUCAGUAUUCUUCCGCGAAUGCCAUGUGAUGAAAGCUUACUUAGCACUACUCAGCCACCAAGAAAUCCAAAUGUGCAUCCACCGUGUGAUGCACGAUCAUCUUCAAACCGCAGUAACCAUUCUCCUGUGAAUGCCAAUAUGCAGCCAGGCCAAGUGGCUUCAGCCUUGUCUAAUUUGCAAAUGGAGCUGAUGAAUGGUGUUCCUCCUGGUUUCUUCUUGCAUCCCUUCCUUCCACCCCAAUUCGGUCCAACUUAUCAAUCGUCGUCUCCUGUAACAUGUUCUUCACAUCAUUCAGCAUCUUUCACUUCUACAUUAUCUCAUACUUCUCCCAUGCAUGACUUCGGCCUGAGUUUUGGUCGGUCACCUGAAGUGUCGACGCCUAAUUCCAUUCCUACACCCAGUGCAACCCCGGGUCCUGGCUGCACCACACCUACCUCAAGGGACUCCCCAUCACCUGGUUUUACAAAAAGGUUUUUGAUGGAGAAAAUGACUCAAGAGUAUGAAGCACCUCAACCUAUUUCUGUGGAACUCCAAAGAGGAUGGUGGCGAAUAGAUGAUCCAAACCAGUUGAAAACAAUAAUAAGUGCUCUUCAUCAUAGGGGAGUCAGGGAGAAAAUGUUUCAGAAACAGCUUCAGAAACAUUUCCAAUUUGCCUGCACUUCCUGCUCUCAGGGACGAUCAGAAGAAACAACAUUACAAUUAACUGAGUUGGAUGAAGAAAUCUCCAAGUUACCAGGAGCUGCUCCAGAUCAAGAUUCACCUAGUUUCUGGUAUCGCAACAUUGCAUUGCGUAUAGAUAUGGCUAUUCUUGAACAAGUUGAGAACUUAGAAGAAAAAGUGGAUGGCUCAAGCAUGCAAGUUAAGUUUUGGAAACCUCCAACUAAGCUUUCUACAGAACCUCUUUCAAAAUUUGUGCCAUCUUGUGAAAUGUAUGUCCAUCGCAAAGCGGAUGACAUCUAUGAUGCUAUCAAAGACAGAACCCUGCGGAAAGGUGCGAAAAAGAACUCCUCGAAGAAAAAGAAACCAGUCAAGAAGGAAAUAGAGCUUGAAGAAAUUGAAAAGAAACCUGAAGAUGAGCCAUUGGAACCUGUUGUGGAAGGCGAGGCUCCUGAAGCAAAUGAACCGAUUCCGGAAGAGCCUGAGAAGCCAUGUCCUGAAGAAAAGAUUGAGGACAAAAUUGAAAGUGAUGUCCUUCCACUUCCUUCAGGUAUGCUGAAUCCAGUCGAAGAAGCCAAGAAAAGACUUUUGAAAGUAGAAGCUGCUAUUGAAAGGCGGUACUUAAGACCUCCAUUGGGCAUUAAUGCCAAUGACUUAAGUCGUUCAUCUCUUACAAGCAGUAAUAACACUAGUGCCAAUCAGUCUGGAGCUGGUGAAGGAGCAGAUGAAGAUCAACUACCUGUAGUGCCACCUGGCCUACUGAAAUGGCGUAAUGCUGUUCAAAAUUGCCGAACAGCUGCACAAUUGGCAAUGUGCUUAAACUUUUUAGAAACUUGUACUGCAUGGGAUAAAUCCAUUAUGCGAGCAAGCUGUCAAUUUUGCCACAGUGGUGAUAAUGAAGAAAAACUAUUACUAUGUGAUGGCUGUGAUAAAGGUUAUCAUACCUACUGUUUUAAGCCUGUUAUGGAGACAAUACCUGAUGGUGACUGGUACUGUUUCGAAUGUCUAAACAAGGCUACAGGUGAUAAUGUAUGUGUGAUAUGUGGUAUUAAAGGCAAAUUGGUUGAAUGUGAAACUUGUCCUAAAACGUUCCACUUGACUUGUUUAGAACCUCCAUUAGCUAAGUAA